GCGUCAGACGGCAACUCCCGGAACCGUCUAUUCCCAGCAUUCUUUGUUUACUUCCGGGUUUUCAAUACUGAGAGGAGAACGUUUCAUCCUCGCCAUGGCUGAACUGAUUCAGAAGAAGUUACAGGGAGAAGUGGAGAAAUAUCAACAGCUACAAAAGGAUUUGAGUAAGUCCAUGUCAGGGCGGCAGAAGCUGGAGGCACAACUAACAGAAAACAAUAUCGUGAAAGAGGAACUGGCCCUGCUGGAUGGGUCCAACGUGGUCUUUAAACUUCUGGGUCCCGUGCUGGUCAAACAAGAACUGGGGGAGGCUCGGGCCACAGUGGGAAAGAGGCUGGACUAUAUCACAGCUGAAAUUAAGAGAUACGAAUCCCAGCUCCGAGACCUUGAGCGGCAGUCAGAACAACAGAGGGAGACUCUUGCUCAGCUGCAACAGGAGUUCCAGCGGGCCCAGGCAGCAAAGGCAGGGGCUUCUGGGAAGGCCUGACCCCAGGAUGGGGGGCAGGGAAGGGGAGGGAAUGAGGCAGCUCUAGGGUCUAUACUGUAGCUAAUAAAAUGUGAAAAUACCUG